AUGCUUCGUGAAGGCAAACCAAGUCCUAUUGGCAUACGCCUUCGAUCGGGUACUUUACUAAGAGACUUCAUUCGAGCAGUGAAUACGCCACUUCCUCGUAGUUCUUCACCUAGUGAAUUCUCGGAUUCGGACAAAGUGGAAGACAACACAAUGGGAGGUCGACCACCUGCUCCAAGAACACUCAAGGAGCUCACUUAUCCAAACCUUGACCAGCAGCCUUUAUGUAUUCAGCUGAAUGGAACCAUUGAGUUGAAGCCACAAUUGAUUAACUUUCCGCCCAAAUUCAUUGGUUUAGCGGGAGAAGAUCCUAAUCGUCACUUGCAACAAUUUCAUCAUGUUGUGACUAGUUUGAAGCAAGCAACCGCAGAUGCUGAUAUGGCUAUGAUGACAACGUUUCCUUUCUCCCUUAUAGAUGCUGCAGGAGAGUGGUUCUUUUACUUACCCUCUGGAAGUGUAACCACAUGGAAUGGAAUGAAGAAGUUAUUCCUUGAGAAGUAUUUUCCAGCGUCAAAAGCAGCUGUGAUUCGCAAGGAGAUUUGUGGUAUUAGACAAGUACCGAGAGAGACUCUCUAUGAGUAUUGGGAGCGCUACAAGAAGCUUUUAGCUAGCUUCCCACACCAGCAAAUCAGCGAUCAACUUGUGAUCCAAUAUUUCUAUGAGGGGUUGCUUACUAAUGAUAGAAAUUUGAUCGAUGCCGCAAGUGGUGGUGCGCUCACCAACAAAACCAUUGCUGAAGCUACAAGCUUGUUAGAGAACAUGGUUGCAAACAUUCAACAAUUCUACAUUAGGGGUGAACAAAUGAUAAGGAAAGUGAAUGAAGUUGGUGAUUCUUCACAUUUGGAAUAUAGGAUGGAUAACAUGGAGAGGAUGAUGCAACAAAUAGCAGCGGUUGUAAUACCAUCAUACACCGAAGAAGUUGAGCAAUCAAGUGCUAUGUACCAAAAUCAGCAAAGGCCAAGAUAUGAUCCAUACUCUAGCACCUACAAUCCACGUUGGCGUGAUCAUCCCAAUUUCAGCUACGCCAACAAACAAGCUACAACAAAUCCUACUUUCAAUCAACAAGGAGGGUACCAAUUCAUGCAAAGACCACAACAAGAAACUCAAGGUACAAGUGUGGAUGAAAAGUUUACUCUUAUGAUGCAAAGUAUGCAAGAGAUUUCAAAGACAAUGCAACGGUUCAACCAAUUCCAGCAGAAAUCCGAGAUGGCUAUGAGAGAUGUGGAAAACCAAGUUAGUCAAUUGGAUAAUGAUAUGAAUCAACUCAAGGAACAAGUAGCUGGAAAACUUCCUUCGCAACCAUUAAAACAUAGAGAGAAUGUUAAUGCUAUUGAAUUACGAAGUGGAAAGCAACUGGAGAAACCGGCAACAUCACCGGAGGCCCAUGAAUGUGAUUCAUAG